AAGAGGAACCUCAUCUCUGUAAAUGGACCCACGGACAACAAGCAUUACAGAGUGACUCUGUAUAAAUAGGUAUCCUGAUACACACCUUCACAUUAUAAGUCCCAGGUAGAUAAUCAAUACAAAGCAGAGGGUUAUCUCUGGAAUUUCAAAAUCCACAUCAACGAGGAUUUCAUCCACCGAUCAGUAAAGCAAGUUUGGACUGCAAGGUCUUCAAAUUUUUAUAACUGGUAAACCUCAGAAUUUGGAUACCAGAAAGCAGAAAGUAAAUUUCCCAUGAACAAUUAGAAAUAUUGCACAGAUUAACCAGAAGUGGGAUUAAUUUAAACAAGACCUAUACACAAAGGAAAUCCAGAUCCUGAAGAAUCCAGACUUUCAAAUUAUACACAACAACCAGAAAUCACAGCUCAAAAUUAGACUGUGGAAUUGAUCUUAAGAACUGAAAAAGAACAAGAGACUAUAAAACCAUACCGACAUUUAAGGGAAGUCCAAUCAAAGUGUAACAGGUCCUGAAUAUGGGUGACAAUGGGGUCGAUGACAAUUCCACAGUCAAGCCCACAUCUUCAGAACCAGAUGAAAAGUUUGAGAAAAGCAGUAUUGAUCAUAAUAUUCCAACUACUGCAAAUCUCCAACUUUUGCGGAAGAAAGGGAGUCGACUCUUCUCAGGAAUUAUAGGGCUGAACGUGAUGCUCCUUUCCUGUGUUCUUGUUAGUAGCGCUGCCUUCGGUGAUAUAGCAGUGAUUGAGCGGGAGGUGCUCUCUUUGCUUUGUGUCCUUAUGGGUCUUACUGCCUGCUGGAUGAUUGUAUAUCUUACUUGGACAGCGAGGAAGAAGAACUACAGAAACCUGAAGGACUCACAUGCUGGUCCCAUCUGGCUACGAAUGGGUCUGGCUUCCUUUGGAGCGUGCUCUUUCGUUAUGGUUGUGUUAAAGAUUUGUAAAUCUGUCAAUUUGAUAUCCUGUGAAUCUCCAAUCAAAAUUGUUCACCCAGUCUUCCAGGGAGUGUUUCUUGUCAUACAGACAUACUUUCUCUGGGUAUACAGUAAAGACUGUGUUCAGGUCCAGAUGAAUUUCACCAGGUUUGGCCUUAUGCUGACUCUAAUCACCAACCUCUCAAUAUGGAUUGCAGCUGUGACUGAUGAAUUACUUCAUCAGACUCCAAGUGAAGGUGGCCAUAGAUUGGUGAAAGCUGCACCUUCUGGAUGUUCCUGUGACAGCGCUGUUUGUAAAUCUUUUGAGACUGGAUAUUGGUAUCUGUACCCCUUCAAUAUCGAGUACAGCCUGUUUGCUUCAGCCCUGUCCUACGUGAUGUGGAAGAAUGUGGGUCGCACAUUGGAUAACGACUCCCACUCCUCACAUCAUUCUGUACGUCUGCCGAGACUCUUUGUAGGCGUUAUCCUCGGAGUUGGGGUCUUUAUAGCCGGUCUGGUUAUAUUUAUCAUUUAUGAAAUUGAAAUCUCAUCUGAGACCAAGGAGCAAGUUCUGAAAAUGUUUUACAUUUUCCACAUUGUGGCUUUCGCUCUCAUGUCUCUUGCCUGUGUUGCUGGCUCCAUAAUCUUUAGGUUUGAAGAAAGGGAUGCAGACAGCCACAAGAACCCUACACGUAGCCUUGAUGUUGGCCUGCUCAUAAUAGCGGCUCUGGGAAAAUUUAUAAUACAAUAUUUCUCAGUUAUAGCGGUUAUUGCCACAGCUGCCAAAGAACUCAGAGACGUUCUCAACCUGGUGUACUCAAUACUUAUGAUAGUCCAACUCACGGUUCAAAACAUCUUUAUUAUUGAGGGAAUUCACAGACAGGCAGCUCACGAUGAACACGAGGAUCAUGACAACGCAGUGGAACAUAAUGGCAGACCUGAAAUUUACGUCAAUACAGUGGCCACAGAUUCUCAGGACAAUCAUUUAGGAGCUGAACAUGGGCAUGAAGUUGACGCAAACCCACACUCUAGUUCAAGGAGGACCCGCAAGAAUUGGAAUAGGAGGAUUGUAAAGGAGCUCUCGUUGUUCUUGCUGUUUUCCAACAUCAUUUUCUGGAUCAUCCCUGCCUUUGGCGCCCGUCCUAAGUUUGACAAUGACCGGGAGCUGAACUUCUAUGGGAACACAAUGUGGACCUCUAUUGUCAACAUUGGCCUUCCUUUUGGGAUCUUCUACAGAAUGCAUGCUGUCGCCAGCCUUUUUGAAGUAUAUGUUCUAUCGUGAUACCACUGGUAUAUAUUUAUAUCAUUUUCCUAAUGAACCUUAUGUUCGUCGUCCAUCAUUACGGAAAAGGAAACAUCUGCCUGCGAUGACUCCAUUCCUGUGCUAUUUUACAUUUUCAUGACCUCACAUACCUGGAAAAUAAGAAAACUGAAUAAACUGUGCAUGAUUAUCUCUA